GUUUUGUUUGUUUUUGAAGCAUCAGAUCAGUCUAUAAAAUGCGAACACACACACACACACACACACACACACACACACUCACACACAUGCAGAUCGGGCCUCUCAAUGGUAAACGAGGCCUCCCUCUCUCUCCAUUUUUCUUUUUUGUCUCUCCAUAAAUCUAUCAAUCUACCUCUUCUGACUGUCUCACUCCCUGAUCUCCUCCUUUCGCUCUCGUUACAGCUACAUACUGUAUGUUUUUUUUUGUGGUGGCUCUGUUGUCAUGAUGAUGAACUCACAAAAAGCUUGUGAAAGUUUUUGGUUUUUAUGUGUAUGCAAGCUCAUAUCUGUGCCGUUCCUUCCCCCUUAGUUGUUUGUGCAUUAAUCUUUUUCCCUGAGAUGGUUUAUAUAUGUAUUUGUGUGUCAUGAUACGUAUAUAACCGUACGUUCCUCCCUCCUUCCUUUGAGACUGAAAGUGAGUUCGUAAACUCAGAGGUUGGUAGCGUAAACUUACAUCCCUUUUAGCUGUUACCUUCACUAGUUAAUUUGAGGAAUGCCCCUUUUAAGCUAUAGAUUAGAUGUUACACUAUAGACUUUAGUAUGAAGUUGGGUUCAAUUACUCCUCCACAACAAACACUAGAGUAAAGGCUUCAGAUAUGUGCCUUUUUACAGAGCCCAAUGACUUUUCCUCCUCUUGUUCUUCUAUCUAUCUCCCUCUGCUCUUCCUCCCUCUCUCUCCCUUCCGCUCCCCAUCUGACAAGGAGUUUAAAGGUGUAGCAGAUGUUGCUAAUGUUGAUGACAGUGAGUGAAGAUGUUUUGACAGUUGUCUGGCUACCAUGUGUACUCCUGACUCAGUGUGAGUGUGUGUGUGUGUGUGUGUGUGUGUGUGUGUGUGUGUGUGAGGAAAGCACUUCUUAUUAUUGGAAUAUUGUGGUCUUUCUUUCCUUUCUUCCUCACAUCAGGAUAACAUUGGGCACCGGCUCCUUCAGAAACAUGGCUGGAAGUUGGGUCAAGGCCUGGGCAAAACCAUGCAGGGUAAGGUUUGUAGGACCUCCCCCACUGUAUGUUUGUGUGUAUGUUUGAGUAAGAGUGUGUGUGCGUGUGGAUGUUUUUUUUCUUGUAAAUAAUACAAAAUAACUCUCCCCCUUUUACAGUGUAGCCUAACGGCCUCUCUUAGUUCUUCUCUAUAUAUGCUUACAAUCACUAAACGCUCUCUGCUCAAAAUACCAGCGCUACGAUUUGAAACUCAUACCAAAAUGGAAUCAGUGAACAUUUUGUAGAAAUUAAUUGCCCUUUUUUUUUUCUCUUGAUUGUUCAGAAUUCACCCAUGUUAGAAUAGUACUUGUAUAUAUUAGUUUAAUGUUUGUUUGGCUGCGAUGGGGGUGUUUUGAUUGGCUGAGAACAUGAGAUGGGGCCCUCUGAUUGGCUGUGAACAUGAUUCUGCCUCUUUCCCAUGAUUCCCCUGAAUGGCUUGCCAGAAUGAGCCUCAAUCUCCCGCCCAUUCUCCCCCUCCUUCCGCCUUCGAUCGGUCUAUCUGCCUGCGUCCACUUUUGUGAAGUGAAUGUACACAUGUGGUACAUGUGGGAGUGGAAAUUGUAUGUGUUGAGAGUGUGUGUGUAUGUGUCACCAAAACAAAGGGGUGGGGGCUCAGGUGUUUUAGCUUGCAGGGAGAAGUCUUCACACCAUCCCACCUGCAUCCCACUUCUCCUCUUAUAAAUGUACUUACUUGUGAAAGCCUCACCUGACCUGACCCAUCUCCUUCCCCCUCUCCUGCAGAGCAUGCUGGCUGUAGAGACACAGUCUUGUGAAGCUGAGUUUUAAGCAACGCAAGAGACCACAAAACUGAUUGGAGUUGAUUCUAGAUAAAUAGUGAGAUGAAAAUGGCUAUGAAACAGAUCUAGUCCUCUAAAGAAGCCAGAGUCCGAUAAGAACGAUGCGCUGCUAAAAGCUCACUCACAGCGUAUGCUUCUCAUAGCUCGUACAGCUGCGUGAUGAAGUAUGUAUAUAACUGCCUCUCUGUCUCAGAAACACAUUCACGUGGAGACUUGGACCCGCAUGGGGAUUGGAGAAAGGGGGGAAACGGGGAGUUGAGUGCUCCUUUAUGGAUUGAGUGAUGGUUUGAUACAUUUCUGUUGAAAGACAAUCAUCAAAGAGAGGGGAAACUCCUCCUUGCUUUGUCGUGGGGGAACCCAAAAGCCUGAAAUUAUAGUACCAGAAAUGAGCAGUAAAGAGGAGGAGAGUCAGGGAUGGUGAGAGGGUAUCUCUGUAAUCACCCAGGCCCAUUGGUAGGGGGUACACCAAAGCCCCUGCCCCCAAACCCAACCCCUAACCCUUUACCCCUUACCCCUGAACGCUCUCUUUGUGCCUCAAUCUUCCUGCUUAACCAAUUGGUGUUUCUUUUUUGCAGCAUUAUGAUCCUGGCCAUGUUGUGCUGAUGGUAAACUUAGUGGACGAACUGACCCAGUGCCCAUCGUCCUCAAAUAUGACGUCAUGGGAAUGGGGCGAAUGGAAAUGGAGCUGGACUAUGCAGAAGAUGCCACAGAGAAGCGCCGGGUGUUGGAAGUGGAAAAAGAAGACACAGAGGAACUGCGUCAAAAAUACAAGGAUUAUGCAGAGAAGGAAAAAGCCAUUGCUAAAGCUCUAGAGGAACUGAGGGCCAACUUCUACUGUGAACUGUGUGAUAAGCAAUACCAGAAACAUCAGGAGUUUGACAAUCAUAUCAACUCCUACGAUCAUGCACACAAGCAGAGACUGAAGGAGCUGAAGCAGAGGGAGUAUGCUCGGAAUGUGUCUUCUCGUUCUAAAAAGGAUUGCAGAAAACAGGAGAGGAUGCUGCGGCGGCUUCAUGAACUGGCCGAACAGAGGAAACAGCAAGACCAUGUCCCUGGUAGUGGCCCUAUGUUUAAAACCACCACAGUGGCAGUAGAUGGAGAAAAGGGGGAAGACUCCAUGGAUGGUGUGCCUAUGACAGUGGAUACCAACACAGAGGCUAUUGAAGAUAAGGGAAUCUGUAGUGUUAGUGGUCAAGGCUCCCCUAGAACAGGCCCUACCAUCAGCUUUGGGUUUAACAAGACUAGCUCUUCUCCAACACCCUCUGGAGGCUCACAGGCUCCCAAAGUCAGUGUCUCCUUCUCUUUUGCUAAGAAAGCCCCAGUCAAACUUGAGACAGCUGCAGCUUUCUUUGCAGACCAUGGUGAAGAGACAGUGGAAGGAGAAGAAGGUCAGGAAGAGGGAGGAGAAAAGACUGGAGGAGAGGAUGUAGGUGUAGCAUCUACCACUGAUAUCCCCCAAGCAGGAGGAGGAGGAGGAUUGGGUGGAGGAGGAGGAGGAUUGGGUGGAGGAGGAGGAGGAGAUGGUGGUGGGGGUGGGGGUGGGGGUGGGGGUGAGGGUGAGGGUGAAGAAGAGCAGUCACAACCAGAUGAUGGAGGAACCCUGGCCUCCACUUUGAACAAGUUGAAGAUGAUGAUGAAAAAGGAGGAAGGUUACUCUGGACAGGAGCCACAGUAUUACCAUUACGUACCUCCUGCACAUUGUCGGGUCAAGCCCCAUUUCCAGUUUCUGCUUUUCAUGAAGGCUACAGACCAGUGUGAUAGCAAGGAGGAUGAGGAUGGAGCAAAAGAUGAGAAGGCAGCAGCAGGUAAUGUUGGAGAGCAAAAACAUAUCAAAGUCAGCAGCUGCACAUCUGAAAAAGACCCUGAGAAUGAACCUGCACAGGCACAAAGCUCAAAUCCCUCUCCCACAUUAGCUAAAGUGAACACAGAGGAAGAAUCAAGUAGUACAGCUGCAGGGCAAAGUGAUACAGCAGUAGUAGUUAGCUUGUGCCAACCAGCUGAUGCCAAGCAAGGGAUAUCAGAGUCACCAGACACAGGUCCCCGCAUGCCAACUGGGCCUUUCUUUCCUGUGCUAAGUAAGGAUGAAAGCACUACCUUGCAAUGGCCUUCUGAAUUGUUGGAAUUUACUAAGGCUCAGCCAUCUCUCUCCUACAGUUGUAAUCCUCUUUACUUUGACUUCAAACUGUCAAGAAACAAAGGAAACUGGGCAAGCAAAAACAGCAAACCUACCAAGGCAGUUAGCACUGAUGGACAAGAGGGUUCUAAGCCUGAAAACACAGACAGUACUCCUGACACUAGUGGAGAGACUUGCACUGCUACAUCGGUUGCAGGACCCAGUACUGUUCAAAAAGAACAAUCUUUAUUGAAAGGGGAGGGUGCUGAGAGUGAGAACAAUGAGAAGAAAUUACAAAGUAAUGAAGAUGUGUCUGCAGGGUCUAAGAAAAAGAAAAAGAAGAAGAAACACAAGAAGUCAAGCAAGCGUUCCAAACGUAAAGAAAAAGCAGCAGUGGAGGGGGAGUUAGAGAAUGAGACACCAGGAGAGAAAGCAAAAAAGAAAAAGAAACAUAAAAGAAAGAAAAGCAAAAAUAAACCACGUGGCACUGAUGAAAUUGAAGCAGAGGGAGGUGGCAGUAAGGAAAAAGAGAAAGACAAGGAUGACAAAGAUGGAGUAUCCACUGCUCAGUCAUCAGGAGUAAGCACAUCCCUUGAGGGAGGAAAGAGAAAACGGUCCCACAAAAUGUCUCAGUUGUCUGGAGUUGAGGAAAGCAGUGCAGGAAAACCUAGCUCUAAAGAGGAACACAAUGGUACUAAACGUCUUAAAUCUGACACCAAUACACCUGCUGCCUCCUGCUCUGCCUCAGCCCAAAAGAGCUUAAGUGGAGGUCGACCUCCAAGCAGUGACAGUGAGGAGGAUGGAGGAUCAUCCUCUCAACGUUCUCGACCAGCUCGCCGUCGCUCCACACCACCACGUGAGCAGCGCAGACACCGCAGUGAUGAUUCUGGACGAUCACGUAGUAGGUCGUCUCGUCGAGGAGACCACAACCAUAGACGCCACAGAGGACAAAAGUCACGCAGUCGAUCCUACUCAAGUAGCUCCGAGCGUUCCUCAGCAGGGAGCAGUGCUUACAGUCGCCGUAGCCAUAGCUAUUCAGACAGUUACAGUGACUACAGUGAUGAAGAACGUCGCCACAGAUCAAGAAUACCCUCCUCAGACUCAGACUAUGAGAGGCGUGAUAGUGGGCGAUCUCACAGGCGACAUUACUCCUCAUCUUCUUCAGAGGAAGACUCGCGUUCACGUUCACGCUCACAUAGCCGCAGGAAACAUCAUCGGCGGAGACACCAACGGAGCAGUAGUCGCAGCUCCAGUCGUAGUAGUAGGAGUAGCAGCGCCCGUUCCUACAGACGCAGCAGCUACAGUCGCAGCCGUAGCUCUGCCAGUCGUUCAUCUAGCUCCACCAAGGGCUCUCCACAUCGACAUGGACACAGCCGGCGAUCUGACAGCUCAACACGGCGACGGGAUUUCAACCGAUCGCGAAUCUACCGUUCCCAGUCUCCUAGGUCUUCUUCCCGCACACAAUCCCGAAACAGCAAUUCUUCAUCUGUACAAGGAACUAGAGGUGGUGGUGGAGCUUCCUCAAAGGAGGGUGGAGGUGCUGCAGAACAUCGAAAUUCAUUCACAGCUCGACAACUCUUGGAGAAAAUCCAAUCUCGAAAAGGAGGGGAUGACUCUGGUACUGGCACUAAGACAGGCAUCAAGAUCAAGGACCCUCCACAGGGAUACUUUGGGCCCAAGCUCCCCCCUGCCCUUGGAAACAAAAGUAUGUUGUCUCUUUUUGGCAAGCUCCAAGCAGGAAAGAAGCCAACAUUACUUCCUCUUACACGUUUAACCGAGAGUGAAAAGUCUGAACAGGGGAAAAAUUCCGAUAGUAAUGAAGUGAUCCUGGUAGAACCCAUUCGUGAGUUUCCCCCACCUCCUCCUCCACCUCAGCCACCAGUUCAACAACAGCAACAGCAACAACAACAAAAGCAGCAAUUGGAGGAGGCUGUAUCAAAUGCUGCAGUGCCCGAGGAGACUAGACAUCCACCCUCAGACCCUCCAGCCCUUCAUGAGUCUCAGCCACAAUAUGAGCAGGAUCCAGCAAUGAUGAUGUCACAAUACCAAGGUGAGCCAAGACAAGACCCUAGUAACCCCAUGUUGGACGGGCAUCUAAUGGGGUCCGAGAUGGGACCGCAGCCUUCUAUGCACGCCUACCCUGGUUACCCCCCUCCCACAAUGGAGGAUGGGGACAUGGGCAUGGAAGCUGAAGAGGAUGGUCUUGCACCUUUAGAAAGUCAACCAAUCACCUUUACCCCAGAGGAAAUGGAGAAAUACAGCAAGUUGCAACAAGCAGCUCAACAGCACAUUCAACAGCAACUGUUGGCCAAGCAGGUGAAGAGCUUCCCCUCAGCUGCAGCUGCUGCAGCGGCAGCUAACUUGGCAGCAGCAGCUAACCUUGCCCCUGCACCGCCACCACCACCAGCUGCACUGCAGCCUAUCCACAUCCAGCAACCUACAGUUUCUGCAGCUUCUGCUACCUCUAUUACCACAGUGCAGCACGCCAUCCUGCAACACCACGCUGCUGCCAUGGGCCUUCAUCCCCAUAAUCCACAUCAUCCCCACCCUGCCCAUGCCCAGCUAGCCCAGGUGCACCACAUACCUCAACAUCAUCUAACCCCUAUCUCCUUGUCACCACUGGGCCAUUCUUUGGGCCAUUCACUGGGUCACUCUUUAGGACACACUGGCCUGAUUCCAGCCCACCACACUGCCUUCCUUUCAGGCCAGCCCAUACAUAUUAUACCAGCCUCUGCCCUUCAUCACACCCCUCUUGCUCUACACCACAUCCCCCAUGCUGCCCUCUACCCAACGCUUUUCGCCCCUCGGCCAGCCUCUGCUGCGGCAGCGGCUGCCCUACAGCUACACCCACUUCUGCAUCCUAUCUUCUCAGGGCAGGACCUUCAGCACCCUCCAAACCAUGGCUCCUGAAAGUCCAGCUUCUCUCAAAGAGAAGGCCUGGCCAAGCAGCGUGUAAAGCUGAAGAGUUUUAGCUAAUGGGUGGCUCAGUCUGGUGACCCAUAGUCCUCCUCUGUCCUCUACGUCCUCUGCUACCUUAGGGUGACCUCAACAGGGCUGUUUAGGAUUGCAUUUAAAUCGAGGACAGAAUAAGAUCUUGUCUGCCUUUUGAGAUUGCAAUGUUAUGAAAUUGUAUGUCCUGAACCAGGAGCUAGGUUGGUUGGUUAAGGUAUGUAACACAAGGAGUAUGAGUUGGUUUAUAGGCCAAGACAUGGAUCUUACAACUAGGAAACCACUGGCGUAUUGUUUCAUUUUGUAUGGUAUGUCAAAUUUUUGUUUUUUUUCCUGACGUGUUUCUUGUAUCCAGAAGCUCACUUGCUGAAGCCAUAAUCAAGAUCUUUGUUGUGGGCUUUUAGCGUGGUUGUAUACAGUUGAUAAUGGGUGGUCUUUAAGGGUCACUUUUGGAGAUUUUGUUUUUUUUGUGUACUAAGCAUUCAUGAAAGUUGCAGAGUUUAAGAAUUAACACAUUGUAUGAAUAUGCAAAGAUACACUUAAGCCUGCUAUUCAGAAACCAGGCUGUGAUAAACUGAUGAUUGGUUUGCUGUAGGAUUAUCAUAUUUGGUCAUUUUCAGCACACCAAUCAUCAAAAACCAUUGUACUAUACUCUGAUUAAAGGGUAUCACGAAACAUGAACAAGAUGAAAUAAAAUAAAAGCCAUACUCAGCACUCAACAGUGUUAAGCUAUUUUUGCUGAUUGGUUGUAAAUCAAUAUAAAUUAUCUGAAAAUAGUGGACGAAAGAGACAUCACACACGUUGAUGUCAAAAGUUUUUAUAAUGUCACAGGCAGUUGAAACUGUAUAACAAGUUACACUUUGGGAUUUGAAGGUUCCCAUCCCUUAUUGAAAUUGUGAAAUCUUGCACUGAAAAAAAAUGUACAUUGAGAUGCUGUUUUUGCAUCUUGUAACAACUGUAUGAUUCUGCAAUAAUUUUAUUUUCUAUUUGAUUUUAAAUUAUUAUUUUUGUUUUUGGAAAAUGUUUUCUUUCUGUACAAUUAGUUAAAUGUAAAUAAAUUUAAUGUAGUGAAACUGUAAAAUAAAGGUUUGUAACACCCAUUUAAAAUGCUAAUAAAAAAAUAAUGAAAUUAAAAAUGGGGGAAAAAAGCAUAUGUAAACAUGAAUCAGGGCUGGUACUACAGAGGUCAGGAGUGUGUUUGGACAGUGGAGGGGACAGAAUGUGGCGCAACUUUUGGUGACGUACUGUAAAUGGCAGCAAUGACAUUAGCUUUUUUUUAUUCCUCCUUGAUGCAUCAGCAAAUAAAAACUUUGACUUGUAA